UUGUAGCUACCAGUUUGAACCUAAAUAGUGAAUCAGCAGAGUCUCAGACGAUCCAACAUGGAUACCCCUUCUCAGUUAGUAGCAAUCUCAGGAAUUCUGGGGUUGGUUUUGUUGUAUGGUGUAUGGAGAGUUAGGACUCUUGCUGGGAAGAGCAAGGGCAGGUCAGCCCCAGAGCCAUCUGGUGCCUGGCCAUUUCUAGGUCACCUUCCUCUACUACGAGGCCAAACCCCAGUAUUCCGAACCCUUGGAGCCAUGGCUGAUAAGCACGGCCCCGUCUUCAUGAUCCGCCUUGGAGUGCACCGAACACUUGUGGUGAGCAGCUGUGAGGCUGUUAAAGAAUGCUUCACCACUAAUGACAAGGUCUUCGCCUCACGCCCAAGUUCCAGUGCAGGAAAGAUCUUAGGAUACAACCACGCUGGAUUUGUUUUCGCCCCUUAUGGAGCCCUUUGGCGUGAGAUGCGCAAGCUGUCCAUGAUGGAAAUCCUCUCAGCCCGUCGCCUCGAUGCAUUAAAGCAUGUGCGGAUUUCGGAAUUGGAUCUUUCCAUUAAAGAUUUGUACUCACUUGGAAAAGGCAGCGACUGUGUCCAUCCAGUAAAGGUAGUGAUGAGUGAAUGGUUUCAACACCUCAGCUUCAAUAUAGUCCUAAAGAUGAUCGCAGGGAAGAGGUAUUUCAAUACUUCUGGCCAUGGAAACGAGGAAGCAAGGCGGGCCAUAGCAACAAUUCAGAAAUUCCUCUCUCUAGCGGGGGCCUUUGUUUUGUCGGAUGCCAUUCCAGGUGUAGAAUGGAUGGAUUCACAAGGGUAUUUGGGGUCGAUGAAGCGGGUGGCGAAGGAAGUGGACUCUCUUGUGGGAGGUUGGGUGGAAGAACAUGAGAUGAGGCUCAACAGCGAGGGCAGCAAGAGGCAGGAUUUAAUUGAUGUGAUGCUAUCGGUGCUUGAAGACACUUCCAUAUUUGGCCAUUCAAGGGAAACAGUCAUCAAGGCAACAGUAAUGACUCUCAUGGUGGGAGGCACCGACACUGUGGCUUCAACCUCCACAUGGCUUCUGUCUGCAUUAUUAAACAAUAAACAUGCUUUGAAGCGUGCUCAAGAGGAGCUAGAUCUAAAAGUUGGUAGAGGCAGGUGGGUGGAAGAAUCGGAUAUUCCAAACCUGCAUUACCUUCAAGCCGUUAUCAAGGAAACCCUGAGGCUAUACACAGCAGCUCCUCUAUCUGCGCCACACGAAGCCAUGGAAGACUGUCAUGUUGCUGGCUACCACAUUCCAAAAGGCACCCGCUUGUUUGUGAAUGCGUGGAAGUUGCACCGUGACCCAAGUGUCUGGUCCGACCCUGAAGAUUUUCAGCCGGAGAGGUUUCUGACAACCCAUGCGGAUUUAGAUGUUUGGGGGCAGCAUUUUGAGCUCAUCCCAUUUGGUUCUGGUAGAAGAUCUUGCCCAGGGAUCACCAUGGCCUUAAAAUUGUUACACUUGGUGAUUGGUCGGCUGCUUCAAGGGUUUGACUUAUCGACACCAUUGAACGCUCCGGUGGACAUGAGAGAAGGCCUAAGUAUUAUCUUGGCUAAGGUGACUCCUCUGGAAGUCAUGCUCACCCCACGCCUUCCUUCUCAAUUCUAUUAGUGUUGGCUGCUAUCGAUGUGAUGUCUUUGUGAUGUGGGAUUCUCUGAACCUAUAAGCAGAGACGUACAAAACCUCUCCUUAAAAUAGAGGUGAAUAAAACGAGGGUCAUCUUUUAUCAUUUUCGUUUCCCUUUUAUUUAUGAACACGUUCCCAUCCGACGAA